AUGCCUGGCAUACGUUUCAAUAAGACUUGCUUGCCACCGCAUAUUUUACGAUUAGUGUUUUCUGGAUCGACUUCAGCAAACUCUACCGUGUUGAUUGAUUCAUUCCGGUACAUUGCUCCAUCGUUUCACGAAAAUUUAUGUACGAUAUAUAAAGAUGAACAAACUACUACAACAAGUAAAGCAACAACAACAACGACUACUACUACGAAAGCACCGACUACAAAAACUACUACCACUGAAGCACCGACUACAAUAACUACUACCACUGAAGCACCGACUACAAAAACUACUACCAGUGAAGCGAUCACUACAAAAACUACUACGGAACAGCCAAUUACUACUACAGAAGUGUCAAGUUCAACCACAGUAGUGACUACUCCCGAAAAACCAUCAACAUCUACGGCAGCCACAAAACCGCCCAUAUCUUCCACGUUAGUGUUUUCUGGAGCGACUUCAGCAAACUCUACCUUGUUGAUUGAUUCAUUCCGGUACAUUGCUCCAUCGUUUCACGAAGAUUUAUGUUCGAUAUAUAAAGAUGAACAAACUACUACAACUAGUAAAGCAACAACAACAACAACGACUACUACUACGAAAGCACCCAUUACAAAAACUACUACCACUGAAGCACCGACUACAAUAACUACUACCACUGAAGCACCAACUACAAAAACUUCUACCACUGAAGCACCGACUGCAAAAACUAUUACCACUGAAGUACCGACUACAAUAACUACUACCACUGAAGCACCGACUACAAAAACUACUACCACUGAAGCACUGACUACAAUAACUACUACCACUGAAGCACCGACUACAAAAACUACUACCAGUGAAGCGACCACUACAAAAACUACUACAGAACAGCCAAUUACUAUUACAGAAGUGUCAAGUUCAACCACAGUAGCAACUAAUCCUGAAAAACCAUCAACAUCUACAGCAGCCACAAAACCGCCCAUAUCUUCCACGGUAAAAACGCCAAGCACAUCUACUGAAACACCACGUCUCUCUAUAUCUCUGCAAAAAAAAUAUUACAAAGAGGUAAACGCUAAUAUAAUGAAAUAUUUGAAGAAGAUGAAUAGUUCAGCAAAAGAUGGACGAUAA